UUAUCUUAAUUGUAACAUUCAUGCUUGCAUCCUUCACAUCCCUGGCACAGAGUCCUACACACAAUGGGCUCGCAAAGAAAGCGUGUUGGAGAGACGUGGGUCUGCGAGUCCACACCGAGCAGCAGCCGCUGACCCCGCCCUGGCCCCGCCUCUGCCCGCAGAGGCCCCGCCUCCCCCAUGCCAAGACCUUAUAGGCGGGUGACGUCAGGUCGUUUGUUGUCAUUGGCGGCUCCCAAGAUGGCGUCCAUCAUGGAAGGGCCGCUGAGCAAAUGGACUAAUGUAAUGAAGGGCUGGCAGUACCGUUGGUUUGUGCUGGACUACAAUGCAGGGUUGCUCUCCUACUACACGUCCAAGGACAAAAUGAUGAGAGGCUCUCGCAGAGGAUGUGUUAGACUCAGAGGAGCUGUGAUUGGUAUAGACGAUGAGGACGACAGCACCUUCACAAUAACUGUUGAUCAGAAAACCUUCCAUUUCCAGGCUCGUGAUGCUGAUGAGAGAGAGAAGUGGAUCCAUGCCUUAGAAGAAACAAUUCUCCGCCAUACUCUUCAACUUCAAGGUUUGGAUUCAGGAUUUGUUCCUAGUGUACAAGAUUUUGAUAAGAAACUUACAGAGGCCGAUGCUUACCUACAAAUUUUAAUAGAACAAUUAAAGCUCUUUGAUGAUAAACUUCAAAACUGCAAAGAUGAUGAACAGAGAAAGAAAAUCGAAACUCUCAAAGAGACCACAAAUAGCAUGGUAGAGUCAAUUAAACACUGCAUUGUGUUGCUGCAGAUUGCUAAAAGUACUAUUAAUCCUGUAGAUGCAAUAUAUCAACCUAGUCCUUUGGAACCUGUAAUCAAUACAAUGCCUUCCCAGACUGUCUUACCUCCAGAACCAACUCAGUUGUGUAAGUCAGAGCAACGUCCAUCUUCCCUACCAGUUGGACCUGUAUUAGCUACCUUGGGACAUCAUCAAACUCCAACACCAAAUAGUACAGGCAGUGGACACUCACCACCCAGUAGCAGUCUAACUUCUCCAAGCCAUGUCAACUUGUCUCCAAAUACAGUCCCAGAGUUCUCUUAUUCUAGCAGUGAAGAUGAAUUCUAUGAUGCUGAUGAAUUCCAUCAAAGUGGCUCAUCCCCAAAACGUUUACUAGAUUCCUCUGGAUCUGCCUCAGUCUUGACACACAGCAGCUCAGGAAAUAGUCUGAAGCGCCCAGAUACCACAGAAUCACUUAAUUCUUCCAUAUCCAAUGGAACAAGUGAUGCUGACCUUUUUGAUUCACAUGAUGAUAGAGAUGACGAAGGGGAAGCAGGGUCAGUGGAAGAACACAAGAGCGUCAUCAUGCAUCUCUUGUCACAGGUCAGGCUUGGAAUGGAUCUUACUAAGGUAGUUCUUCCAACAUUUAUUCUUGAAAGAAGAUCUCUUUUGGAAAUGUAUGCAGACUUCUUUGCACAUCCAGAUCUAUUUGUAAGCAUUAGUGACCAGAAGGAUGCCAGAGAUCGAAUGGUUCAGGUUGUGAAGUGGUACCUCUCAGCCUUUCAUGCAGGAAGGAAAGGAUCAGUUGCCAAAAAGCCAUACAACCCCAUUUUGGGCGAGAUUUUUCAGUGUCACUGGACGUUACCAAAUGACACUGAAGAAAAUUCAGAGCUAGUUUCUGAAGGACCAGUUCCCUGGGUUUCCAAAAACUGUGUAACGUUUGUGGCUGAGCAGGUUUCACAUCAUCCACCCAUUUCAGCCUUUUAUGCUGAGUGUUUUAACAAGAAGAUACAAUUCAAUGCUCAUAUCUGGACCAAGUCAAAAUUCCUUGGCAUGUCGAUUGGGGUGCACAACAUAGGACAGGGCUGUGUCUCGUGUUUAGACUACGAUGAGCAUUACAUCCUCACGUUCCCCAAUGGUUAUGGAAGGUCUAUCCUCACAGUACCCUGGGUUGAACUAGGAGGAGAAUGCAACAUAAAUUGUUCCAAAACUGGCUAUAGUGCAAAUAUCGUCUUCCACACGAAACCUUUCUAUGGGGGCAAGAAGCACAGAAUUACUGCUGAAAUUUUUUCACCAAAUGACAAGAAGUCCUUUUGCUCAAUCGAAGGGGAAUGGAAUGGUGUAAUGUAUGCAAAAUAUGCCACAGGGGAAAAUGCAGUUUUUGUAGAUACCAAGAAGUUGCCUAUAAUAAAGAAGAAAGUAAGGAAAUUGGAAGAUCAGAAUGAGUAUGAAUCCCGCUGUCUUUGGAAGGAUGUUACUUUCAACUUAAAAAUCAGAGAUAUCGAUGCAGCAACUGAAGCGAAGCAUAGACUCGAAGAAAGACAAAGAGCAGAAGCUCGAGAAAGGAAAGAGAAGGAAAUUCAAUGGGAGACAAGGUUAUUUCAUGAAGAUGGAGAAUGUUGGGUUUAUGAUGAACCAUUACUGAAACGUAUUGGUGCUGCCAAGCAUUAGGUUGGGAAAUGCAAAAUUUACACCCGAUGACGAGAGCAGUAGGCAUAAUUAAGCAACAAUCUUCCUUUCGGAGAAUGUAUUUACUCCCGUCUUACUGCAGUGGUUCCUAACUCAGGGAUACUGGACUCUGAUGCAGAUGAACAAUUAAAGCGAGAAAAACUUUCCUGUUUUCCUCUUCUGUGGCAGUUACAAUUUGGACUUCAGUGCUGAGAAAAAUUCCAGGUUUGAACACAAAAUGUCUGCUCCUUUCCCAAACUCCAUGCUUUGAAAAGCAUUUAUAAAUCUCAAUCUGAAAGUCUGCGCUCUAGUUCUGCUAUUGGUAUAUACAGGUUUCCUAGUUCAUAUAAUCUUGGAUUCUAUAUAUACACAUAUAUAUAAACACACACACAUAUAUAUAUACAUAUAUAAUAUACCUGAUGCCAGAUUUUUCAUAAAUAUUCCACAUCUGUAAAUACUGGUUCCUCUGAGUUUUAGAAAAUUAGCGCAAUGUAUUAAAAUCAAGUGUCAGGAAAUUUCACGGUUUUAUCUUCUAUAACUUUUAUUUUGGAAUUGAACUAUUAUUGUAUCUAACUCUGGACUACAGUUUAAUUAUACUCAGUGCUUCUUAAAGCUUCAUAAAGUAAUUUUUCCAACCUUUUUU